AUGGUGCAGAAUCUGCAGGAAGAAAUCACCUGUGGGAUCUGUAGGAACUAUUUUUCUCAGCCUGUCACCACUGAUUGUGGGCACAGCUUUUGCAGAGAAUGUCUUUCUAGGAACCGGAAUGCCAAAGCCUGGCCUUUUUCUUGUCCAGAAUGCAGGCAAGUUCCCCAGAUCAGAGAAUUCCCCAAAAUCAAUUCAACCUUGGAAAAGGUGACUGACAUUGGCAGGCAGCUCAGCUCUGACAAUUUGCAGAGGGUUAUAGAACAGAACCAAUGCCCCAUUCACAAGAAAUUCUUCAAGCUUUUUUGUGAGGAGGACCAGACUUCACUCUGUGUAUCCUGUUGCCAAAUGCCUGAGCAUGGGGCUCACACACUUGCUCCUGCAGAAGAGGCUGCUCAAAAUUACAGGGAGAAGUUCCAAGAGAUUCUGAGUCGCUUGAAGAAGGAUUUUGAAGAAGCCAAGAAAUGUCUUUCUCAGGAGAAUGAGAUGAAGGAGGGACCUGACUGGAAUGAGAUGAUUAUGUUAGAAUAUUUCAAACUGCACUGCUUCCUGUUAGAGGAAGAAGCUCACUGGCUGGAAAGGUUGAAAGAAGAACAAAGGACCAGGAAGUUCAGAUUAUCUCGGCACAUCCAAACCAUUAAGGAAAUCAUGGUGGAACUUCAAGAAUCAAGCCAUAAACCCAAUUUUGAGUUCCUGAAAGAUAUCAGAGAGCUGUUGGGAAGGGGUGAAUCAGUGUUGUCACAAAGGUCCAAUGUUAUCAUCCCAGAGCUGAGAGGAGAUCCCAUCCCUGGGAUGAUAGAUAUCUUCAACAAAUUCAAAGUGGACAUCAGACUGGAUCCUAAAUCAUCCAGUUCCUAUGUGACUGUUUCUGAAGAUCUAAGGAGUAUGAGGGCUGAAGAAGGCUGGCAGUUGGACUACAGGCAUCCUGAGGAUUCUACUUGUCCUUACAUCUUUGCUGACCAAGCUUUCAGUUCAGGAAGACAAUACUGGGAGGUGGAUGUGACACAAGUACCUCAGUGGGUCCUGGGGAUCUACACUCCAUGCUCGAGCAGGAAGAACUGCCUGUUCUUGCUUUCCUGUGUGAAGGAGGAAAAUAAUUACUAUUUCCAAACCUAUCCUGAAUCAUUAAAGCAUCAAGUGAAAGACCCAGUGCCCAGGAUCGGAGUCUACUUGGAAUAUAUUGCUGGCACUCUCAUUUUCUACAACGUUCUCCAAAGUUCCCUGAUUUAUAAAUUCUGCCCUCUCCAUUUCACAGAACCUGUCACUCCCAUCUUUUCCCCUGGACCUCCACUUCCAGGAACAAAGGCUGGUCUCAUGACUAUCUGUUCAAUCAACUCUCAUCUUUGUGCAUGCUGCUAUUCAGUUCUCUGA